GUCACCGGCGUGCGCUUCGAUGUGCUGUAACACAGGUCGCGGCGUAGCUACUCUUAAGGCCUCAACCAAAGGGCCUUUGCGGCGUUUCACGGUUAUGUUCGAAGUCGGCACUAGCAGUCUGAACCAAAGUCGGCACUAACAGUCUGAACCAAACGACUUUGGUUCAGACUUGGGCUCCGACUUUGGUUCAGAUUGUUAGUACCGACUUCGAACAUAACCGUGAAACGCCGCAAAGGCCCUUUGGUUGAGGCCUUAAGAGUAGCUACGCCGCGACCUGUGUUACAGCACAUCGAAGCGCACGCCGGUGACUGGAUCGUGACAAAAUUUCGGGCGCUGUAUUCGGGCGACAAGUCGCUCGCCUUCUUCAAAGAGAAUCGGCAGGCGGUUGUCAAUGGCCUCAUUGUACUCGGAGGCGGGGCCCCCCAAGGGCAGGCGGUGGCUGCGCGUGAGCGGCCUGCCCCACGGACUGCCCGAGGGGCUGCAGCGGGACCUUGUGCAGCACCUCUUGAGUACCCCAGUGGAGGAGAUUAAGCGGAACGUGUUCUCGUACCAGUUCUCCCAGCCGGUGCUGCAGAGUGGACAAGUGCUGGUGAAGGUGGGCGACACCGCGCGCCUGCCAUCGGCCGACGACGCGGUCGCGGUGGGACUGGGCAGGUGGGGGCGCCAGGUGAUCUUCCAGCGGGAGGACAUCAACCGGUACCUCGCGCACGCGGCCGGGGGGGUCCAGGUGCGCCGGGUACGCCACCCGCCACCUGCUCCGGCUGCCGCCCGGGCGGCGGCCGCGGCGGCUUCGGACGCGGCGGCCACGGCGGCCGCGACUGCGGCUGCGGCUGCGUCCGUGAUGGCGGCCGCGGAGGCGGAGGCCGCGGCUGCGGCGGUCGCCGCGGCGGUUGCAGCGGGCGCGGACGCCGCCGCUGUGGAGGUGCUGGAGGCGGCGGCGGCGGCGGCGGCAGCGGCGGCGGCUGCAGACGCGGCGGCGGCGGCGGCGGCGGCUGCCGCAGAGGCUGUGGGCGUAGGCGUGGGCGUGGCGGUGGUGGCCGUGGUCAGCUGGGGCACCAACACCGCCACGCGCGCGCCCGUGCAGCCCGCCUACAGCUCCAAGCAGCUGGGGGCAUCCGCCCAGGCUGCGCUGCCGCCCAACGCCCGCGCGCGGCGGCUGCACACCGGCGGCGCGUUUGAGCUGACUGUGGAGGGCCGCCGCCGCCACAUCCCCGCGCUGCUGGGCUCGGGACUGGUGCAGCCGGGCGCCGUGCUACAGAUGCGCGAACGGCAGGCGGCGGACAUCAACGUAACGGUGGCGCAGGACGACAUCGCGUGGUCGAUUCGCGCGGGCGCCAACUGGCUGAACAAGGAGCUGAAAGAACGGCUCGUUCAAGCGCCUGGGGUCAGGGGGGAGCAGGCUGCAGAGGAGCGGCUCCUCACUGGCGUCACUGGGUUGCAGGCGCCCGGGCGGCGGGACCUGUGUGACGACUGCCGGGAGCUAUCUGAAUAUGGCAUUGCAGCGAGCGGGACCUGCGGCAGCGCAACGCUGCGCCUGGUUGAGCGGCAAAGCAUCUGAGUGACGGUGUCGGCUCCUCGGCUCAGCAUGAGCCAUACUGCUACGAUAUGCAAGUCGGUAACGGGGAACAGCGGCCACGCGCUGUUAAUGUGGAGCGGAGCAGCUGGAGACAGUUGGGGCCCAGUGCUGACCGUGCCAUACGUGUUACCAUGACCUGGGGUUUGCAUGUCUUGUGCCGGAUGGAUGCUGGACGCUGAGCUUGGGGUGGUGGUCUGUGGCAGAGUCAGAAAGCAGCAUCAGCGGUAUUGUCGCACGUUUCAAUGAAGAACUACCGUAUAGUCUAUGGCAGAGCUGGGUUGUAACCGUGGCCGCAAUGUGGAAAGCUGCGUGGGCAGAACGCAAGUCCGGGGACAAGGGCUGUAGGGUUCGUGCGUGGGGUUCGUGGGGCGUGGCAGGAUGUGCAGCAGCGCCGGGACAUAGAAGCAUUGCGAUUUGCAUUGCACUGUGCAACACAUGCGCCUGCGCCACGUUAAGUACGGUUCUCAUCGUAGGCAGAGGUUCGGUGACGCCUGAACGCACUGAUUGCGGUGUUCCCCCGAAGCAUGGGCUGAGCCGUACACCCGACUCCAGUGUUUAAGAUACUAGAUACUAGGUCCCACCGUGUAGUUGUUUACAGACACGAUGGAUAUAUAUGACGCGGUAGCACCCGCAGUGGGCGCGGUGCUUUUUAAUCCGA